AUGAAACACAAGAGUGAGGCAGCCAUUAGGAAACAAAAGAAGUCGAUAGCCUGUCAGAGAUGCCAUACCCACAAAAUCAAGUGCACUGGAGGCCAGCCUUGUCAACGGUGCCGACAAUCCGGUAUCUCUACCGAGUGUCAUUAUGUAAAUCGUGAUCGCCAAGUGAAAGUACAUGAAAGCUAUAUUGAAGAGCUAGCCGCCGAGAAUCAGCGUUUGCGUGACCAGCUAUCCCAGUCGCCUGGAUAUAUCACAGCAAGGGGGGACCCUCCAUCUGAAGAUAUAACCGAACCGGCAGAUAGACAUGUUCAGAACCCAAUGAUUGGGAAAAGAGCAUGGUUCCAGCCAUACGAUCCAUCCUUGCCGCCAAUCCACAUUUGCGAAGCAGCAUGUACGGCAUUUGCCACGAGGAUUCGGAGAGUUCUCACAAAGAGUGAGGCAACAUCUCACAUAGCUCGGACCCAAUACACAUGGGAAUCCACAUUGAUGAGCAUGCGUAAUCCGGGAAUCCAGUGGCCGUCUCUUCCCCAAGCUCGUCUAUUGAUCCAGGUCGUCUUCAGUCAAGUCACCCGCGUGUAUCAUGUCGUGCUUCGAAGAUCCACGCUUGAUCAGCUCGAAGAUGCCUACCGAAAGGCCAACUUCAACGACCCUGUACUGACAUGCAAGUUCUUCGCUUUGUUUGCUUUGGGCGAGGUAUAUUCCGCGCGAUCCAAUUCCAGCAUUGACUGCAAAGUGCCCGGUGUGGCCUAUUACGUCAAUGCGAUAAUGCUGAUACCGAUUUUGCCUGAGCGUCCAAGCUUGACCCAUAUUGAGUCCCUUCUGAUCUUGUCGCUAUAUUCAUUCUUCUUGAACAGGCGACAUUCAGCCUUUCUGCUGGUGGGGAGUGCCAUGCGCUUGGGCUUAACUCUGGGUCUGAACCAUGAUAUACCCGAAGGCAAGUGCCCAUCUCCAGUGGACCGGCAACAUCGUAUACGGCUAUGGUGGGCGAUAUACGUAUUUGAUCGAAUGUACGGGUCAAAGGCUGGAUGGCCGAUUCAAAUUGCGGAUGAAGACAUUUUUGUCCAAAUGCCGUCAAAGGUGGUGGAGGAUGUUCAUGAUGAUCAUAACUCGGAUACUGAAUUUCUGGUUGCCAGCAUAGAAUUGGCUAAGAUAACUGGACAGGUCAUUGACCAAAUUUAUAGCCGCAAGAGCCACGCGGAUUCAUUCUUGCAGCGGGAACAAAAGCUCCUUAUCGCACUCAAAGAGUGGUGCUUUGCUCUCCCUCCGCCGAUACGACUUCAUCGGGACGGCCCAGCUCCAAAGAAUGUAGUCUCCUUACAUCUCCAAUUCAACCAGUGUAUCAUGUUAGCAAGCCGCCCUGUGCUUCUUCACGCUCUCAUUCAGGCCAAAUCCUCGAAUCCCGAGGAUGACUUACAUGCAACCAUUCGACAGACACUCAAAACACUCAGUGAGGCAUGUAUACACUCUGCCCGGAACACCCACUCUCUGAUAAUGGAGGAGUGGAUCAACGGAUCGCUUCCGAUUUUCGGAUACUUUUACGCACACUACCUGUUUUCUUCGGCCCUGGUGAUGGUCGUUUCCAGCCAAGUGUAUUCCGAAAACGCCAAUGAUUUUGCUUUGUUUGAGGCAGCAUUUGAAAUACUGCGAGCGAUGAGCGAUCAUGGAAAUCUUGCUGCAGCGGAGUUCUAUGAUAAUCUGGAAUGUGUCCGACAGUGCUUGGACCCAGGCAUUCAACCAGAAACCGGAGUUUCUGAACCGACUGGAACUGUCCGAAUGUCAAACAACUCGACCGAGCCUCUUCCCGUAAUAUCAUCCCAACAAGCAGGGACUGUGAGAAACAAUAGUGCCCCUUGCAACCCGGAUACAACAGCCGGAUUUUCGACCAAUGAUAUGGCGUUCCUGGGUGAAAGCAUGGAGGAAUUUUUGGCACAACCUGGGGUUGACUUUGACCUGGCUGAUCCGUCUUUUACCGACGGAGUAGAUUCCUGGCCCAACCUUUCCUUAUGGACGGGUUGA